AUGGCGACUACAAGCCCUCAUUCCGGCGAGAAUGAAGACGAUCCAUCCCUGAACCCCUUCAAGUACUCCCAUGAUGACGACGAUCACCACUCGCAAGAUGCUUCUCCCGCAGACCCUAAAUCACUACCACUCCAGAAGAGGCGCCGUGUCGGUCGUGCAUGCGAUGAGUGUCGCAGGAAAAAGAUCAAAUGUGAUGGCAAACAGCCUUGCACACAUUGCACAGUUUAUAGUUAUGAGUGUUCGUACGAUCAGCCUUCUAACCGCCGACGAAAUCCCGCUCCGCAAUAUGUCGAGGCCCUGGAGAACCGCCUCCAAAAGGCCGAGGCUCUCCUCCGGACUGUCCUACCAAACGUCAACCUCGAUGACCCGCAACUAGACGUACAUGCGACUGAACAAAAAUUCGUUGAAGCACAGAAAGAGAAGCAAGCGACCGAGAGCUCGAAGCCCUCGACCGCAUAUGGAGACACGGCGCCAGAAGCGGGGGAUGAGGGGCUGCUUGAGACUAUGGUUGAUAAUUCAGGCUGCUUGGACCGAGACGAUCAGGGCCAUUGGGAUUAUCAUGGACACACAUCAGGGAUAAUCUUCGUUCGUCGGUUGCGCAAACAGCUCGGUGCGGCGGAACUUACGGGUCCGAUGGCACGAUCGCGCUCCUCGAUCACUGCGCAUAUGAUCGGGAGCCCGAAGUCGUUGUCCGAAUCGCCUCAGGACUCUACCUUGCCUCCCACUCAUGAUUUGCCUCCGCGUGAGGUCGCUCGCCGUCUAUGUCACAAUGCGAUCGAUCACGCCUGCUCCUUGAUGAGAUUUGUGCACGAGCCGUCAUUCUAUGCAAGUUUGGAGCGCAUAUACGACACUCCCCCAGAACAAUUCUCGAAUGAGGAAAACUCGUUUUUGCCGCUCUUGUAUAUUGUCAUUGCGGUUGGCUGCUUGUUCUCGGAUGAUGGAUCAGGACAAGGCACCCUGGAUUUAUCUGGCUACGAGGGUGCAAUCGGUCAGGGAUUCCAAUUCUUCAAGGCCGGACGACAACUUCUCGAGAUCACUGAUUGCCGUGACUUGCCUUCUCUCCAGGCGAUUUGCUUCAUGGUCCUGUUUCUUCAAUCUUCUGCAAAGUUAAGCACUUGUUAUUCUUAUGUGGGAAUUGCGCUUCGUUCAGCGCUGCGAUUAGGUCUCCAUCGCAGCGUUGCGGCCGAUUUCAACCCUAUUGAACGAGAACUUCGAAAGCGCAUUUUCUGGGUCGUCCGCAAAAUGGACGUAUACGUCAGCACACUCUUGGGUCUCCCUCAAAUGUUGAGCGACGAUGACAUCGAUCAGGAGUACCCAAUGGAGGUUGAUGGGGACUUUAUUACGACAGAAGGAAUCACACAACCACCAUCUAACUAUACGCCGCUGAUGGCAGGAUGCAAUGCGCACACCCGUCUUUCGAACAUCAUUUUGAAGGUUGUCAAAUACAUCUAUCCGGUCAAAAAUGCUCGCUAUCGCUCCAAGUCUGACCAGCGAUACAUGGUCAGCCAUUCUAAAAUUCGCGAAAUCGAGCGAGAUCUACAGAACUGGAUGGAGGAAUUGCCUCCGGCCCUACGACCGGGUACAGAGGUGUCCCCCCAGCUGGAGCGUGUCCGACAAUUGCUGCGUAUUAGCUAUGCCCAUGUACAGAUGGUGAUGUACCGCCCAUUCCUCCAUUAUGUAUCUGGGGGUUCACAGGCACGCGGGGUGGACAAGAGGUCUUAUGCUUGCGCGGCUGCUUGUGUCAGUGUUUCCCGAAACAUUGUCCACAUCACCACUGGGAUGCAGAAGAGAGGUUUGCUUAAUGGCUCCUUCUGGUUCACCAUGUACACGACCUAUUUCGCUAUCUUUUCCUUGCUAUUCUUUGUCAUUGAGAACCCGGAUUCUCCAACCGCCAAGGACGGUGUCCUGAAAGACGCCAUGGAGGGCAAGAACACUUUGGCCGGGCUGGCCAAGAAGAGUCUGGCUGCCGAUAGGUGUUCUCAGGGCUUAAACACCCUCUUCAAGACAUUGCCCGAGUUGUUGAAAAAUCGCCAGAGUGCGAAACCUGCUGUCAACCUCAAGCGGCCCGCGCCAAACAAUGCCGAGCCUGAGCCUAAGCCAUUGGCAGAGAAGAAUCUGCCACUUAGGUCGAGCACAUUCCCAGCACAGAUGAUGUCUCAAAAUGAACCACGAAAUCGCCGUCAACAGAGUCUGGACAACGCACACAUCAACAACCGUUCUGCCGAUACUAGUAGCCACGCCACAUGGGUGUCCACCACACCAGAGCUGUUGACGGAAACUAUGACGACCCCAGAACAUAUUUCUUCGUCCAUGAAUCCCUCCAUGCCCAACCAAGAGUCAUCGAGCUUAGCAUGGGCACAACAAUUUACCAACCCUGCCAAUCUUCCGGAUCUCAUGCCCAUGAUGUUCCCAUCCGACGAUCCAUUCGCGUACCCUACACAGCCUAUGUCCACUUUGGAAGACGACCACUUCCGUCAUGACGGCGGAAUUCCGACACAGUAUCCCUUUGACGGCACAGGCAUGGGCCCGGCUUCUCCCAGCGUUGGAGUCACUACCCCAACAUUCGAUUUCACAAACCAAUUCCCACUAAAUUCCGGCAUCAAGUCUUCAGUGCCAAGCCACCUCCGCCCCUCCCACUCCCGCAGUUCCUCCCGCAUCCACUCCCCAAUCUCUCAGGGCCAGACUCCAUCCGAAGUCUUGAGCAGUCCAGAUCUAGUCUCGAUCCCGAACCAGAACUUCGUAUGGCAAGGAUACAGCUUCCAGCCCAACAACCCUAAUAACAUGUCCGCGCCGCAACAACAAGACAUCCCCGAGCCGAAUCGGAUGCAGGGUGGAAUGCCGGAUUUCAGCGUAGGCAUGGAUGAAAACGUGGGCAUGAACAUGGACUUGGGGAUCUCGUUUGAUGAUCUCUUCGGCAACAAUCCUGCCUACCGACCUGCCCAAGGGGCGUCGAAUGACGAAUGGACUCAGUGGAUGAACACUAAUGCUUGA